AUGGUUGGCCGCGAAACCGCCUCUCCCCUUCCCUCAACCAGCCAACGGGAUCUGUACCUUUUCCGUGAGCGAGCAGAUCUUCGAUGUUACCAUCUACUCACAAUCAGACGAGUAGUGCUGAUCUUUCCCAUUCAGUUGGACACAGCUUUGCUUCGGCAAAAGGUCUUCUCCUCCUCGGCGGUCGGCAGUCGGCAGUCUCAUCAACACGCCAAGCGGGGCUCGAACCACGACAGUGCGGCGUGCAUGCUCGAUACAACUCACAAAUCUGCUUUCCUGCUAGUCUCGAGACGCUACUCACCAACGGAAAGAGUAGUCUCGUCGAGUGCUAUAGCGAAAACGGGUUUGCUUCACCGACAAUCCCAUCAAAAAUGUGUUCUAGCCAACGGCACUCGUGGCAAUGUGGCCGAGUGUCACCAACGAGUUGUGGUUCGAGUCCCGCUUGGUGUGUUGUCAAGACUGCCGACUGCAUAUAGACGCUAA